UAUUUUCACCUGGCACCUCUGAAUACGAUCGUGUGUCAAAAAUUUUCCUCGAAGCUCCGUCAGUAACGUGAAAGUGCAGAUAUAGGAAAAUGAAAUUGUUUUAAAAGCUUCAACUAAAGGUAAAGAUAUUAGUUUUUAACUAGUAAUAACUGUAUUUAUCGAAACACGUGAAAUAAUAUCGAAAUUUACGAGUAAUCCUUCGGUAUCGGUCAAUUGAGUAUUUCCUACUAUUAUUUUCGUUGGUGGUAAGUUACAGCAAUGGCGGCGGAAUCGUCUAUCUGCAAUGUAGAGCUACGCCCUUCUACACGGAUUCGAUGGUUAUCGAAUAAUAUAUCUUGUUUAGCCGGCUGUACGGUAUUGAACUAUGUUUCGGAAACAUGAUUGCAUAAACCUUGAAAUGGUUUUCGGCAAGAUGAACUUGAGGUGUCAAGCAAUGUUUUGAUUUUUGGUAGUUGGAAGCAUUAGAUUUUCUAUCGUAACGUCGAAAAAAAGCGUUCAUUCUUGACAGUUCAGCAGUACUGCCUCCAUGGAUUUUACCAUAUGGCUGUUUUAUGUUAAAUCAGAUUGCUUUGCGAGCAGGUAAAAAAGUACGGCUGAAUGGAAUUAUCAAAUAAAUUGAGGUUCGCAGUGACGGUAAAAAAAUCUAAUUGUGGUACUUUUUAAUAAAUAUGUUCGAUUAUUACAAACAAUUUAAAACAUGAAUUCUAUGCGUCUUCGGCUUGUCAUUGCGUUAGCAGUUCAACAUAAUCCACUAAGUAAACGUAAAGUUCGACUUUACUGUAAGUAACUCAAUUAUUUACAGUUGUUUCGCGUUCAUUUCACUAGUACGUUAACAGUUUAUACUUUCUUAAAUUUACUGAUGAAUUCUGUAUUUUUUUUAUUCAUCAGCAUUCGAUACAUUCCAUACCUUUUUUAUCAUUUAGGAUAAGAUUCAUAUAUAAUAGGUAAAAUCUGCCUCUGGCAAAAGAUGGUACAUUUAUAAAGAUGCACGUAAUGUCUUAAACAAAACAAAUAUCAAUUCAACUGGUUCAAUUUGAAUUGAGCAGUUCACGUGAAAAGGUUUCUAUAUAGACGAAAACAGCCCACUAUGGCCCGAAACGUGAAAUCAGCGUGAUUUUUCCUAUUAAAUAUUAGCUUUUUGUAGUUGGCGUUUUCACAAAAGUUGUUUGUAAUCAAAUGGCGCACCUUUUGAUGAAAAAAGUUACUAGGGUGGUCCUUAUUUAUAUUGAAAUCUGAAAUCUAGCUUUUUUUAAUUGAACUCGAAAACGAUUUCAUUGUACAAUUACAUUGUACAAAAUUUUAUCUUGAGCAACUUUGCUGAAAAAAAGCACCUCUCUAGCUGUUCAUUUGAUCGAGUUACAUCAAUUUUCCCGAGUAAAAGUAGGGUGGCUCCUGAAAUAUCACCUUUUUUGUUUUAAUUAUUUUUGUGAAACAUUCUAUGGAAAAGUAGUAUUGAGAAGAGUUGUUGAACUAAUUAUUGCGCACAAUUUUGCUGCACCAAGCUUUUUCAUAUGAGCUACCAAUAAAAAGUUAUGAUUGCUUUUUCAUUAAAAACUAGUCAAGCUUCAAAUAUCAAUAUUCAUUAGAUGCCAGAUCGAUGAAAAUGUAUCCUAUGUGGUUCCUGAAAGGUCUUAAUAUAAGUCAAAUUUUAAUUGGAAGGGUAUUAUUUUUUUAACUUAUUUAAAUUAGUCUCAAAAAUACCUUAAAAAACUCAAAAACAUUGCACAACUCUUAAACGCCUUAACGUAUCAACAUACUUUCUUUAGCAAAACAAUAGUAUCAAAUUUGUUCAACAAGUGUUCCAUACAUUGUUCAUUCGAGAAAUGAGACACACAAAAACUAUAGCGAAUAUAGAUUUUUUGUUGAACAAUUCUAUCAAAUUUAUUAUCAAAAUAACUGAUUCAAUUAUUUUGAUUCCGUUAUCGCAACAACCGUAUCGUUAACAUUCAAAAUAAAAUAUAGGACUACAGUUAAUGGUGGUUUGUUAUGAAACGUCGAGAUCUAGUGUCAUCUAAAAAAUAUACAAUCAUAUCUUGAUCAAUGGCCCGACAGUAGCUUUCAAACGAACAUAAGUUUGUUAAAAUCGGUUCAGUCAUCUCUGAGAAAAUUGAGCGCGUAUAAAUAUCUUUGAACACACACAGACAUUUUCCGAUCUCGUUGAACUGAGUCGAAUGGUAUAUAACACUAUGGGACUCCGAGGCUGCGUUCGAUAGUCGGUUUUUCCAGCAAUUCUAAUACCAAGGCAAGAAGGUGCAUUCGCUUCAAGAUGUUGCGUCGCUAUAACAGCAUUACUGCAUACUUUCCGAACUAUUUUUUCUGUGGUAUCGCUUCUUAGAACGGAAGCAAACAUAUUGUGUCGUUGGCGAAAUAACAUGGCCACUCUACCAAUGAGAUGCCUGUUAUUUUCUCUGUAGGGAAAGCAAAUAUCAGCUGUUUUUCAAAGAAGGGCGCAUUUAACAUUGAUAGCAAAUGGAGAAAAACGUCGAUGAAUGUUUCGACUUUGGUUUCAAAUACUAUUUAGAAAGUACGGGUGUGUAAUGUCAGAGACAUAACUGGAUGUCGUGAAUACGAAUAAAACUGACACGAUUUCUUUAAACUUUCGAAUUCGAGCUGAUAGUUGAUCGAUUGUGUGAAUUGUGAAACUUUUCCCCCUAUUUACUACUAGAAUUUUAAACGAUUUUUGACGAUCUCAUUUCGGAUUUGCAUGUUUCAUUGAAAGAAACUAUCACGAUGCUGAACAGGAUUCAUUUCUGCCUUUUAGAAGGAUCAAAUUGUGAAAUUCUCUACCAUAUUUGGCACAGUUCGGAACAUUUUUCUCGAACGAUUUUCGUAUAGCGAAAAGUGCACGAAGCAAAUCAAAUUAUUUUGGAUUUUCAAUAAACUGAUGAUUGUUACCUCCGCUCUCCGAUGCCGCUGCUUGAAUGCGUUUUCUCGCCCUGACGUCUGUGUCCAUCCAACGCACAAGAAGGAAUGAUCGAUUUUCAUUUUUUUUCUUGUGUCUUAAUUUACGGUAAUUUUCAAGUUAAUAAUUUUUUAUUAAAUUUCUUUUUAACAGUUUAACUGAGAGUCAGUUUGAUUUAUAUAAUGAUCGAUUUUCGACCACGGUUCCCUUUUAUAACGUUCAGUUGAAGAUAUGUACCUGACAACCUCAAAAUCGUCCUUGCGCGAAAACCCAAGCGAAAGUAAAGAGUUUUCCGCGUUUUCAAAUUUUGACAAAACUGGAAACUUAACUUUUGAGUUGUUUGUGGUUAUCUCACACUAUUCAAAAUAUUAUCCUAAAUUCCUGAUCAUAUUUUUGAUGAAAUAGUGGAAGAAUUAUGUUGCUGCCGUUAAUACAAGACGAUAUAUUCACGAUUAAGUUCUGCCCAUUCUUCCGUAUGGCUAAUUUUGAGAAGGCUAAUUACUGAAUAAAUCAACAUAAAAAGAGUUUCGCCCUUUUUUCGAUUUGUUUACUUUUAUGCUUCCUGUGUGAAUUAUGAAGUUACGCCCUUGCGGGUAAUUUUAUCGUCUCAUUUACUAUUUCCAGUAGUAAUAAAAGGUUCGGAAACCAUCUAAAAUAAAGAAAAUAAAUAGUUUCGCCCUUCCUUACUAGCAAUUGAAGUAUCGCCCUGUUUGUUGGCAUGGAACACGGAGGGCGAAACUUACGUAAACAAAUGGAAUGACAGUUUCGCCCUUUAUAGUUCUUUGUAUUACAAAAAUUUAGAUUUUUGUAGAAUCCGAAUUUUUAGGCAAAAUUGUAGGAUUUUGAAGCAUUUAUUGGUAGGUGAGAGAAACUCGAUUUUUUAUUUUUGUAAGAUUCGCCCAACUUUGAAAAACAGCUGAUAUAUUAUAUAUCAAUAUGGAUCACUCUUGCGAUUCACGAGAGACAACACAGUAACGUUGCGGUGCCAAAAAAGAUUACUAAUACACUACAAAUUUGUUUUUACACAUAUGACAGCUUUUCAAAUCAGUACACUGAAUCAAACAACCCCAAAUAUGUAAAACAUUUCUCCAUAUGCACUGUACGAAAAAAAGCUGUGAAUACAGAUAAAAAUGCAUUCUUUUACUAAUUCGAGAGAGAAAACAUUGUUAAAUCGAAAAUCCCUUUUGAUAUAAGCGUAUGUGAAAUUUUUUUCAAUCUAUGUAAAACUCUAAAUGUGAACGCCAAACAAAACGAAUUCAUCAUAAUGCCUAUUCCAGAAUUUCGCCAACAUUUCCGAAAAAAAUAUUACAGUUUCUUGAUUUCAGAAAUCAAUCCACUUGUGUUCAGGUUUUGAAUGUGAAGAUGAUAAGUUUAAUUCUAAUUCUGCACACAUAUUUAUUUUAUUUCAUCAGGAAAAAAAACACUUAAAAUACGGAAUAGUUUUCACCUCUAAGUAUGAACAUCAUGCUCAAUUAGUUUUGACAUUUCUCGGUUAAUUUUUCAUUAGGGCGUAUAAGCAAGUGACUGUUUCUCUUUGUUUACUUUUUCUUCUAUUAAUUACCAAGCGGUUUCCACGUUUAUCACUCAACUCUUUGCAUAUAAUGGUACCUGAAACUUUCGACUUUCAAACAGAGUAGUGAAAUCAAAGAAAAUCUCUUUAAACACAUAACAAUAAUCGAAAGAGAGAGUGAUUAAAGAGAAACUGUCACUUGCUCAUACGCCCUAAUGAAAAAUCAACCGAGAUUUCAGAUUGUGGUGCAUGCUAAACGCAAACUAUUAAACAAUAUUGAAUAAAUAACCUUUUCCGUCGCGAGUUGGUGUAACUGGUGUAUUCAUCUAUUUGUAUUGGAUUCUCUGGAUUGAUCAAUAUUGAUAUAAUAUAAUAUAUAUGAAGAAAGGCAAGCCCCGUUUCAGAGGAAUGUAUUAUCAGGACUGUUCGGCUGUCAUUUGUCGGUAUUACAUUUUUGAAGUCUAAUUAAAAAAAACAAUCCCCUUACCAUUCAUUUAAUCUUUUAAGGAAUAAAAAUAUUGUAUAGAAAUUGUAGUUAUUGUAACUUUAGACCGGAGAAAAGUUAACAUUUGAAACUGAUAGCAUUCAUUUACGUGGAAUGAAACACGGGAUGCACUGUUUGAAUAAUGUUUCACUACAUAUAUCUAUAGACGCAUUAUAGUAUAGUUAUAAUAAUCAAGUGUAAUUGUAAAACCCAAAACCGUUGCGUGUGAGUAUAAAGUAAAGUACAACAAGUGUUAUUUUCAGUUGACAUUUAGGUAGUCAUGCCGUUUCCCCGUAGGUAAGUAUGAAGUUGUUACUGGGCGUUUGUUACCGAUCUAGAUAAGCUCUCAACUCUUGUAUGUCAUGUUAUUUUUUGUAAACCAUUUAGAAGAUCAAUACAAAUGUCACGGUUGUAAUUGUUUACCUUCUUUUACUUCUAUUCCCUACAGAUCAUUGAAAACUUUAAUUAGAAAUCUCACCCGUGUUUUCGAUAUCAAUUGAACAGUAAUUUACAGUAUUAAACAGUCAAGCGGCUCUGUUGAAUUGUGAGUUUUGUUUUGCUCCUUAAAACAAACAACAAAAAAACUGCGUUUGUCAAUCGGAGUGCUGACUUGUCAUCUCACGUGACAACGAAGUGCGAACGUUGGCUGGCUGCCGGUUCAGAACCCGACUGCUAUCCGGUUCUGAUCCGCAUCCGACACCGAAGUGAAUUGCGACAAUCAAGUGAAUUAGUCAAAGUGCAGUAUUGUGUGCGCGCGUGUUUGUGUGUGUGAGUGAAAUAUAAAGGUGAACUACGCAGGCGGACACCAGGAGAAGAAUUCGUUCGUAAGGAAACAAAGUGAGAUCAGUGCUGCCAUCUAUUGAACCGGUGAGCUACUACUAACGAAAGUAACCAUGGGUGAUAGCAGUCCGGUUGAGAUCUCCGACGAUUCCCGAAACACGGCGAAAUCAAAGAUCGAGCUAGACAUCGAGAACCAUGUGCUCAGUACGACCGUUACCCUGUCCGACGGCACGGAAGGAAACGUCUUCACCCGGAGAGGGCGCAACAAGGAUAACCAUCUCAUCUAUUCCUGUCACCUGUGCGGGGUGGCCAAUUUGCCGGGUGAACGGGUGUUGCAGACUCACAUCGCCGGUCGGAAGCACCAGGCCCGACUGAACCAGCCGACGAUCGAUGCGGCUCAAUUCCGGAACACGUCGGCUCCGAAAACCGCCAAGGUUCAAAUGCACAUUGCGCCGGGCGAACCGGUUCCGCCGGGUAUGGAGAACGAAGUGAAACCGGUAGCGGAGCUUCAGAGCACCAUCGACAAGUUCAAGAGUGGUCCGAUGGUCGGUUUGGAAUACAUCAUGGAGUUGACAACUCCUGGGAAGAAGGAACCUUUCUAUCACUGCAUUUUGUGUGACAAAAAAGGUGAUCCAAGAACCAUUGUCGUUCAUAUCACCAGCCACACCCAUCGGAUGAAGUUUUUGGAAAAACAUUACCCCACCGUGGUGAACGAGCUUGCACCGUACCGAUCGCAACGUGGCACCUCGAAGGACGUCUUCAAUUGCGUCAUUCAAACCGUAUGCGAAGCUAUCGAGGACCAUCACGGUCGGCUGACACCGACGGUUCACGAUAGCGGCGAUUACACGCGCAACAAAAUGAAAUAUCUCCAGGAGGUAAUGUUCGAGAAGCAUUUCGAUGAGCGUACCGGACCUAAAUUUGUCGAAGUGAUCGACAAAAAGUUGCUCCAGGAUAACCUGGACGCCAGCGGCGGAACUGUGCCGGAAGAUCCGCCGAAGCGCGAUCCGUCGCCUCCGGUGGUGCAGGCCCCGCAGAAGAAACCACGUCCGGCCCGGGCCGAUCGCAAGAGUUUGGAUUCGAUUUCCAGCAUGGACUCGGUACAGAGUAUUUCAUCCGAUGACUCCGUCAAAGAGACUGAUCCAGUCCGUCGUGACGCGAACACGAACAAUGGCUCCUCGCGGAAUUUAGAUCGUCGUCGUAGUCCGCUGCCGUUCCGUCGUAGUCCUUUGCGUCGCAGUCCGGGGCGUCGUAGUCCAGGGCGUCGUAGUCCCGGACGUCGCAGUCCAGGGCGUCGUAGUCCGGGACGGCGCAGUCCACUGUCGUAUCGUCACAGUCCGACCCGUUUUCGUCGCCGUAGUCCUCCGCCACGACGACGUCGGCCUCCGUUGCGUAGUAGAUCGCGCAGUCCGACUCGGCGGCACAACAGUCCCAAACGUCACGAUCGGUCUCCGUUGAGAUUCAAUGAUCGGAAGUCGAUUUCGCCGGUUCCGGAUAAACAGAAGACACUUCCCACGCCGAAACAACUGUCCAUUCAGGCUUCGGAGAUCGCCCAUGAACGUUACAAGUGGGAAAAGUACCGGUGCUCGUUGGAAAUCGCCGUCACACUGAUCGACAAGGCCUUCAAAGAGCACGAGAAAAAUCCCGAGAAACAUCCGCAGUACCCGGAGGAAUGGAAAAAGUUCUGGAACAAACGGUAUAAGGAGCUGCAAGCGGAGAAAAAGGACCCAUCGAAGCAUGAUUUUAAGCCGGAAUGGAUCGAGUACUGGACCAACCGAAUGAAGGAACUGCACGACGAAGAAAUCGAUCAGAAGAAAGCCGAGAUCAAGAAGAAAUUGAACCUGCCCGAAGAGGAAUCGGAGAAAACGGCUGAACUGAAGGAGCAGUACGUGCUGAAAGUAAACAAAAAGAAGAAAUCAGUCGCAGCGGAGCCGAUCGAAUCGAGCGACGAAGAAAUCAGCUCCCGAAACUCACCGAAAUUGAAAGCUCGUAAAAAAUCCCGGAGUCCCAUCAGUGAUCAUGAACUGGAGUUGCGAUCGCGGCACAGUAGCAGCAGAGCGUACAGCCGGGAGCAGGAACGUGACCGGGACCGAGAUCGCGAGCGUGAACGUGAACGGGAGCGCGAACGAGAGCGGGAACGGGAACGUGAGCGUGAACGUGAGAGAGAACGAGAACGCGAACGGGAACGGGAACGAGAACGAGCACGCUUCCGAAUGUUACCGGCACACUUGCAAGGCGACCAGGAUUACGACGAAUGGGCAAAGAGCUACUACGGUCCGAACAAGAAAGUGUUCGUCCGGAAAGAGUUCGAUAACGACAGUACGGGACAGCUUAAUUUUGUUGCAGUUUGUCGAUUGCUGACCGCGUUGGAAGAAUAUUUGGGAAGUUUGGGACCGAAGAUUAUCGAUUUACUGUCCAAGUCACUAGCGCUGGAGAAAGUGAAAGCAAAUUCGGCCGAUGAUCUUUUGCUGAAUGAAGACAACUGCAUGGUCCUGGAAACGGUGAAGGAAAAAUUGAAGGGCCAUUUGAUGGCGGAUAUGGUCGAACCGCAAAAGAUUGCAGCGGUGAAGAAAGCUAUAAAAAAUAUUGCAAGUUUGGUUUAUGAAGCUUCCAAACGAGAGAAACCGGCGCCCUUCGAAGAACCCGAACCAACUCCAUCGGCAACGACGGCACCAAGCACCGCAGGUGGCGUUGAUAAGGUGGCGAUUGCUCAAAAACUAGCUGCUGCGUUGGUAGCGCAGGGAAAGACGGACUUUACCAGCGAGGAACUGGAGCAGUUGAUCAAUGUGUACGUUGCGAUGGCGGAGGCAUCCAAGGAGAAAGAACAACCGGUAACCACAAGCAACUUUUUGAAUGACAUAGCACCGACCAAGCUGGGAGGUCCGGAGAAGAAACAAUCGGAAAUCUCUGCUCGUCCAGAGGAGGCAAGCUACUCGAAAGAAUCGGCCGAUACUGCCGAAAACUCGGCACUCGAAGGUUUGACUGAUUCGGAUUUGCAAACAUUGCUGCAGAAUUUCAAAGAUCUUUCCAAUGAAGAACAGUUGCAUUUAAUUUCGCACCUGAAGAAACUAGAAAGAACUGAUCCCGUGCGCGUUGAGAAACUGCGAAGGUACGUUAAUUUGGAUGAUAAACCAACCAGCAGUCGUCUGCCGCGCAGCAGCAACCAGUAUUCGGAUGAUGAGAACGAUAAAAAAUACGGAGAAGACGACGAUGAACCAAACUUUGGCGAGUAUCAGAAUUUCGAGGAGGAAGACCCGGACUUCGAUAUACAAAAACCAACGAAAUCUCAAAAUCCAAUCAAACCGCUGGUUUCGGGAAGCUACGGAGACUCGCCGGAACCGUUCAGUCAGAAGAAACUGGUCGAUUCGGAGGAUGAAGAUGACUACAGCUACGAUGAUGUAGUUCGGGCCGCCUCCAAGAAUGUGACUGCCCCGCCCGCAAACAGCAACAGUAACAGCUUUCAGGGACCGCAAAUCUCGGUCCGCCGGUUGGAACGCAUCAACGAACAGUUCGACGCCAAUUCCAACUUUUCCCGAACUAGCAACGAUAACGCUACCCAGCUCGAUACUCAAAACAUUAUUGCCAAUCUGAUGGGUUCGUUGCCGAAGUCGGGAUCGUCGAGCCAAAACGUCACUGGUUAUAAUAAUACAAUUACCACCAUUGGUCAGUCGUCUGCGGAUAACCGUUCCAAUCCAAGCUUCUACGAUAGCAACUCGCAACAUUCGAACCCUGGUACGUUCGGUGGUUCUUAUGCGAAGAAAAUUCCCUCUACCGUGGGACCUAAUGGUAACAGUUUCGCUAAUCAACCGCGGCCUCAGUUCGCUCCCAUCCAGACGGCAAACACCAAUGUUAACAACAUGCCGUACUACUACCAGGAACAGUUGCACCCACAACAACAACCGCAACCGCAACCGCAGAUGCGACCCCAGCUUCAGCAGCAGAUGCGUCCGCAACUGCAGGUACGACAACAACUACAGAUGAGACCGCAGAUGAAUGUGCGUCCCCAGCAGCCUAUGGAAUUCAGUGGACAGUUUGGCGGACACAAUCAGUUCGGUGGUCCGGGGGACGAUCUCGAGUCGGAUGAGUACAUGUGGCCACAGAAUCCGGGAAUGCCACAGCAAGGCAAUUCGUACCAGUACGGAAACAACUUUUAUUAAAUUCAGUGAAAAAAUAUUAAGCUUUCCAGGAAAUGCUUAGUUUUACAUUUUUAAGAGAAAGGAAUAUAAAGGUUUUAUUCUAAGAUUCAACAAGACAGAAAUAUAUCUCAUUGAAUAUUAUUGUGGAUAACGAAGCAAA